GCGGAUUACUUUAGGCAUGCCGUCGGGCACGAAGGGGUGGCUGGUCGCUAGCUCGCGCGUGCUUGGUCGCCUUCCUGCACUACCGGUUGCUGCCUUGGCCGAUGCCUUGUUGCAAGUUGUGCAGCCCGCACAGCCUUGUGCUCUUCGGGCCGGGACAACGGAGCCCUUCGACGGAGCGGUCAGGAGCGGUUCGCAACACGUGCCACAAGUCAGCGAAGAUUGCCGCCAUGUCGUGUCAUUGCCGCCAUCGGUGUAGGCGGGUCGGGCGCCUGCUGCAUCGGCGGCAGCGGCAGGCUGCAGCUUGGUCGCGGAUGACGCCUGGUCGGUUGCGCGAGAGUCCGGCCGCGCUGGGGGGAGGAUUGCUUGGAAUGCUGCGUUGGAUCCAGCAUUCGCCGGAGGAGGCAGUUGCUUGGAUGGGCGUGGGUGGGUGCUGGCGGAAAAUGAUGCGCUGCGGGCCUGUCCAUUGCCAAUGCCUGGCGCUGGAGGCAGGCCCAGGCGCUGUCAGCCGAGACAGAGGCAGAACCUACAAUGGAGAAGGGUCGCGAGAGUCGAAGCCACAGGUUGUGUUCAAGCUUGCGAGGCGGGCCAAGGUUGCGAGAUUCACUUCUGAGCAUUCGAGGGUCCAGUGAAAUGGCUUGAUUGACUGUUUCGGCAGUUGCAGUGGUGGCUGCUGUUUGCUCCAGCGUGUUUCGGCCAAGGGCGCCCAUGGUUUGUGCCUAGGCGGGCCUGUACUGAUGGUGGGUGGCACGCACCUGCCGCCAUUCCGACGCACGCUCUUGCCCCGGCAACCAUGUACCAAUAUCCGUAAAAAUGCCAGACCCGGAGCAUCCAGAACUCGGGAACAGCCGCCCACUGGAAUGUUCAGUC